GGGCAUUAUCAUCAUGCAGGAUACAUUGUUGCACUUGCCGCCGCAAUGAUGUACGCGAACGAAUAACAGGGAGACGCUGCAGGGACGGCGAGAGAUUAUUUGCUUAUAAACGGAUCCCCACGUAUUUUUGCAUCAUGUCGGGUGGGGAUCUUCGCGUUCUUCACCAGGAGCCCGGACAGGAGAGCCCGAGGAUGCCGGCCUGGAAACGCGAGAUCCUUGAGCGAAGGAAGGCGAAAGGCGGCGGGGCAGGUGCCGAGUCCGUCGCAUCUCGACUUAACGGCGAGGCAACGGCAAUCAGAAACAAGGAUGAUACUACAGGCGAACAUUCAAGCAGGAAUCACACUAUUACUCCCGCCAGUCAGCACUUUGGUGGCAAGCGUACGACCAAAAGCCCGGAUCUGUCACCGGUGAAAACAAAAGAGCACUGGCAGUCCGCGGACGCGAGCGACUCGGAGGAGAGAACGGUCAGAGACAACGGAGCGCAGGAGAGCCUGGUGCUGCAUGAGAGCUUGGGUCCGCUGCAGGAAAACCCGUUCAUGAAACUAGAGAAAGAGCGCAAAAAACGUCAGAGCCAAGACAACGCAAACCGUCCCGUUCAACACAUAUUGGAGUUAUACGGGAGCGUUCCCGGAUUGCGGACUAUACGCGCUGAUAAUAUCAUCAUCAUUGAAUCUGACCCGGAUUACUUUACGGAAGGAUGUGGUUUGAAGCAUGCAUCAAAACUGCCGCAGAACGGCUCGGUAAGCGGAUAUAGUUCUCUUAAUGACCUGUUAGACCGGAGAGGUAGUCCGGUUACCGAGAUACGGGCCAAGGAGGUGGUCGUUUAUGAUACGGGGCUAAGUAAAAGUGAGGAGAACCUCAGUACGCUGGGACGGCCGGAUCCCGCCCAUCUAGAGGGUCAGGGCAGGGUGAGUCGCAUGCUACAGAAAUUUGACAGAAAUUAUGGGAGGUUGCAAACCAAGUCACGCAGCACAGAAAACCUCCUGGACUUGGAUUCUAGUCCUGUCCGCCCAAGAUCCAAACACCAGCCAGAUGUGGUGCCAAAAGCGAGUCAGCAACCCGGAUCUCCUGUCCGUUCUUCAUACGGCAAAUUCUUCCAGAACAACCAGUCUUCCGUAACCAAUCAUCACGGCUCUCCCAGUGACUCUGGGAGCAGUACACCUGCGUCCGGAUCCCCUCUGUUGGUGUCUUCCGCACGUAGACGUUUCGUAGGGAAUGGGGGGUUGAGCCCGAGUGUGCGCCCCACGGAAGACAGUGACCGAUCUCCUUCCAAGUUUGUUCGAGAACGAGACUGGGACAGCACAGAUGGAGCGUCCAAAGCCAAGGUGCCAUGCUCUCAGAGCCACCGAGCCCGUGCCGACUGUACUCCCAGCCCCACGUCGCCCCCUUUAUCACCUAGCUUUGAGAUACGGCCCUCCCCUCGCCCGGAUCUUUCUCUCCUUCCGGCUGGUGACAUACAGGCCCGUGCGCUCGCCAACUUGCGCCUCCAGUCUCGCAAUUCCUUCACUGUCGUUCCCAAGAGUCGUGCGGCCAUCUCAUCUCCAGGAAACACAGCGCCCCCGAGCCCUGUCCUUUCUCCCCCAUCCGCACGACCCCUGGGGGGCGUGGCAGUUUCAGAACCCGCAGUGCCAACCCCUCUGCCACCCACUUCUAUUGCACACCCCAUACCAAAACUUACAGAGAAUGUGAAUGUGGAAGCCAAAACGGAGACUUCACAACACACCCCAUCUGCCAUACCCAGCUCACCUGCUCCAUCGUCUCCUCCAUCAUCCGGAUCUCCCGUCAAAUCGGUUCAAUCUAAAGAAGAAUCACCGGCUGAUAAGCUGCCGGUAACUAACAUCGAUGACAUUGUUAUUGAGCCCACACCAACACCUCCAAGCCCUGCGGUGCAGAGGCGCAAAGGUAAUACGUUUACAGUGGUUCCUAAACGAAGGUCCGAGGCCCAUCCCACCACUCCUGAUAUCCAGGAGCCUGCCACAGACUCUCUGAGCACGUCACCUGUCUCACAGCCCCCCUACCCCCAACUGGGCACACAGCUUAAGAAACGCUAUCCUGCUGCAGAGGAGAUAGAGGUCAUUGGGGGCUACCUCUCCCUUGGGCGAUCGUGUCUCUCCAAGACAGGUUCAACAGGGAAGAAGCUGAAAAUAUCCUUCAAUGAGUCUAGCCUGCAGAGGACUUAUGAAUAUCCGUCGGAGAACAGCGUUUGGGACAGUGGAGAGGAGGAUGAGGAAGGAGAGGGAAGAGGAGGAGAAGAUGGAAAGAUCAGCACUGGGAGGAUAAACAUUCCUCGCGCCAGCUACACAAGCUCACCCACUCACUCCAACAACGCCACGGAUUUGUCCAGUUACACACCUAAACACUCAGUGGAUUUUAACACAUGGCAAGAACACAAGCUCAACGAGACUGCUGCCAGAGAGGAAGAUCAUUCGCAAAGUACAGAUGAGGUCAUGCUGACACCUGCUGAUAGUUCCUCACUCUCAGACUACAGCAGCGAACCAGCCCUCUUCUUCUAAGCUUUCCAGACAUUUGGGAUAUACCGGACCAACCACUGCCUGCCCUCACCAGCCUGGAUACAAAGCAACAGGUCAUCCUGAACAACAGGACACGUAGCAACCAGCACGUAAACAUACAUUCCGUAUUCUGAGUGUAAUACAGCAUCAACAGCAGGACUGUCCACAUCCUACACAGCUGAUCAUGUAUCAUUCACUAAUUUGACUUCCUGUUAAAACCGAUUGUGAUUGUGAUGGACUCCGGUAAUGUGGAAAACAGCUUGAAUAGCCAUUCAGCCGUUCAAUUCUCUUGCUAUGUAUGUAAUCCUCAUCUCAUAAAAGUGACCAAAUUCCUAAAAGAUGGAAAGCUUGGCUGUCGUUAAAUAGAAAAGGAAACUGUGUCUAAUGUCACUCCAAGAGGAUAAGUGCGUAGUACAUCAACAAUGAAAACAAAAUGACCGUUGACGGGUGCCACAAUGUUUAUUCUUCGUGACUUUUUGUACGUGCAUGUGUAGGUCUCUGUGAAUAAGGCUAACAACCGUAUAAUUUCUCAGUUGUGAAUGUUUUCUUUUGUGGUUCAUUCAAGUUGGUAGACGUUUAUGAAAUAGGCUGGAGAAAAUGUCACCCUCUAUGAUAUACAGAUGAAAUGCUAACAUGUUAAUUGUCUCGAAUUAGCAACUUUUUGCGGACGUGUAUUCUGGUAAAUUGAAAGAGUUGGUAUGCACUUGACAUUGGUGUAACCCACCGAUAGCUAUGGGGUGAAUCUCACGAAAACAUGCUCAGGUUACAUUUUACCCCAAAAUAAAAGAAUUUGAAUUGCCAUUUUCAUUAAAACAUUGUACCAUAGUUAAAAAAAAAAGCAAUACUGAAACGCAAUCUCUAACUGUCAGUUGCACAAAAACAUACAAAUGAGAUUUUAAAAACAUUCUUGUUAAAAUAUUUUAUAAGAAUUGGGUGGAAAAUAUGUUAUAUUUGUUAUAAUAAAACAGGCUUCUUUAAUAUAUAACCUAUUUUACCAACACAGUCUCAUGGGAAGUUUUCCCCUGUGAUGUUAGUUUUAGGAGCAGGGUUAGAGUAGCCAUUUAUCGUUGUUUUGGCACCUCGUGAAACUCAAGUUUUUAGCAAAAUGCGGCUGUUAUUUUAGGAUUUCGGGGGAAGUAAGGUGUUGGUUAGCCACAUCCUAAAAUAUUUAUGACUUCUUUUGAUAUCAGGUUAUAAAUAUAUAAAUGUAAAUACAAAUUCAUUGGGUUGAUAUUACGGUGUACUAUAUAAAGAAUUUUCACAGACAUGUUCUUGGCUGGUUUUCGUGAGAUUUACUCUACAUUGAGACUUGUUGGUGCUGCCAACCAAGGCAAUUUGUCAGUUGUCUUGUACUUCAACUGUUUGUCUUUUCAUCCUUGUUCUUGCAGUACAAAAUGGGAGUGGACAAUUUUAAUCAUAAAGGGAACAUUUUAUUUUGUGAGUGGGCCAUGUGUGUGUUUGUGAACGAAGACUGACAAUGUACACAAUGCCAACUGACUCAGAUGUAUCUUAUCUAAUAACUGGCUUUGCCAUACCUGCUCACCUGUUCCCUGAAGCCUCUCCGACCAGUAUUGAUGUACAGUUUGUACAUUCCAGGAUGUUCCCUAAUUUAUUUAAUUCAUCUCUUUUCACGUUUUAAGUCAAUGAGCAAACAUCUGAAAUGAAAAAUAGCACCAAGUUGCUUCGGGAUCUUGUUUUGUUUAUAAUUUUACAUCAUGUAUUAGGUUACAUGAGUUCUGUUAGGAUAUCUUAGAAUUUUGUCCUGUACAUUUGUAUUCAUUCAUUUGCACUCUGUUUUUGCUUUAUUUUGCACCUUACACAGUCAUGGUUGAUAGCUGGAAGCUUCUCACUCGGUUAAAAUAAUCUUGGUCUUUUACAUAUACGUCUUCACAAACGUUUAGGUUCUUUAUUUGUUUUAGGUUUAUAUUGGUAGGUUUUCAGCAAAAAAACUGAAGUUUCCCAAAUCCAGAUUAGAAACAUAGAUUUACACUUACUAGGCCAAAACUGUGAUGACCUAUACAUUCUGUUCUCUGAAACUGUUUUAUUAUUUAAGAUACUGGCUUUGUUCACUCUGCACAGUUCUGAUUUGUUUCAUUUUAAGAACAUAAUUCAGUCUCAAAGUAUGUUCUGUAAAUUUAGACAGUUUAUUCAGACACUCAAUUUCCAGUAUAUCUACACUAUUUGCCAUAGUAACGACGUUAACGUCAACACCAUGCCAAGAGUCUUUGUGGAAGUGAUGACAGAAAUCUGAGUGUCCUGUGCUCAUGUCUCGUCAUAUCGACAUUUUGUUGUGGUUUCUGAUGCAUUCCUGUAUUUUCUACACAUUCGUGACUGAAUUGGAACACAGUAGACACAUCUGUACAUUGUUAAUGAUAUUAAAUGUUAUGCCCUGAAAAAAAACUGUUGUGACCAUUUAGACAAAGAGAUUUUCUCAAGAAUCCUAACGGGAUUUUGAUUGAGUUUGAAAAAAACAAAUCCGUUUUUGGCUGCCAGUGUGAACAAAACCCUUUAAUACAAUAUUACUAAAUGGGGAAAUUUUACUUUAGAACAAAACUUUGAAAUAAGUGUUGUCGAAUUCAUUUCUUGCAAUGUGGUACCACAGUUAGUUUCUUAAGCACUCAACUCUUUUUGUACAACAGAUCAUCCAAAUGUUGUUAGCAAACAUAUAAUAUUCAUGAGGGAUGUAUAUUAUAAGCUCGACGGGGUUGGAAACUAUUGCUUUUGUGUCUUAUGAUGCAACUUCAAGUGCUUCAUUGGCUCCUGUAACUCCAGCCAAGCAUCAAGCUGCUCAUUACUCUGGUGGGAAGUUAUUGUACUGUAUGUCAAACCUUUUCUCGUCCUUUCUGUUUACUAUGUCAAGAGAAUAUUAAAUGUUCAAAUUGUUUUUGAGGAAUUCAAAGGAAAAAAUAUCAGAAACAAGGAAAUGUUCAAUAAACAGAUGAAUGAUAUCAUA